CAGGAUGCUACUCAGUAGGUGGUGCCAGAUGUUUUCUUGGCUAAAUAGCCUAUUGGACCACUUUACUUUGUUUGAAACAAUGCGUUCUGGGCCCAAGUUCCAGUGGGGCAAUACCACCACUCACUGGAUAUACAAGUAAAUCUACCUAAUCAGUCUCCUAUGUAGAUAGAAACUCACGUCCUGGAUUCUAUUGCUGCAAAUAAAAUCUGAUGGAGGUUCUUCUUGGUCGUCCAAAACUGAAUAAAUCAAGGCAGGAGAAAACUUCAUCAUCAUCAUUGCCUAUCUUACCAAAAGCUUCCCUCCCUUUUCCAAUAAUACUGAAGGAGGAUCUUCAACAGUCAAAACACGAUGACAGUAGCGUUCAUUUGUUUAAGCAGUAUCGAUUUCAAGCAGUUCUCGUGGAUUCUGCAAAAACACUAGUCACUAAUACUGAACAGAUUAAAAUACUCCAGAAAAGAGGCUGUUACGGUACCGGUAAACGUCAGGAAUCCGACAUUAUGCAUAAAAUCAAGAUGUCUACCACUAGAGAUUAUGAUACAGACGACGACGAUGAUGAUGAUGAUCGCAACGAUGAAAAUGGGAAUACAUCAGACACAGAUAGUCCACUUGACAGUAAUUUCUUCAGUACUGGUUCUAAAACAAAUGAAACUAUUCUCAAAAAAGCAGAUGUAACACAGUUGGUUUUAAGUGAUGUUGAAACAUUAUUUCUGUUUCAUGGACUUGGUUGUCUAGAUGUCUACCUGCCAACCGAUGCCAGCUUACAGUCAGAUGCAAGUACUGAAACUCAACCUUUGAAACCAUUGUCUCUGGUAUUACUCUGGUUACAUAUGUGUACAGGAUCCAUUGAUCUACCUUGUUUACAAAUACAGACAGCUCGUGAUCAAAUAGAAAAAUAUUCAGAAAGAGAAAUAAAUUUAUUACGUCGUUAUGCUGUGUACAUAUAUUACAGAUCUAAAGGUUGGAUUGUACGUCCAGGUGCAUGUGUAGGCGGUGCUGAUUAUCUUCUUUAUGCUGAAUCUCCUGACCUUAGACAUGCUGCAUUUUGUGUUCUAGUGGAUUCUAGUGAUUCAACAGCUACUACAGAUAAAGAACAAUUGAAUUGUGCUAGUGUAGCAGCACAUGUUCGUGUCGCACAUGCAAUUGGUAAAAAAGUGAUACUUUGUCGCGUAUGUCUUCCACCGAUUGAGGAUUUCACUGAAAAUCCAUGGGAAGCUGUGCUUAAGACAAUGAUUAAGGAAACUUUGAUUGAUUACUGGAAACCAAAUGCAAAAUAAACACAAUAGUCAUUGAAUGCUCUAGGAAGAAAAUUAUGUACACACCCUUUUUCAAUGUACAAAUUAUUGCGAGAAUAAAUGUGCUUUCUACCUACGCAGUUCAUAUUUCUACUGUUAAAUAUAUGUGAUAAUAAUGGC